AUGAGAUUGUAUCAUACAGGAAAUAGGAGCCAAAGUACACUUCUCAGACAGUUAUUUUAUGAAGAGUUUCAAUCGUUAUUUUGGCUUAGGCCAAGCGAUAGAAAUGAUUAUGAACAUGAAUUAAAUAUGUCACACAAUCACCGGCAACAACAACUAUACUAUUCUGAAUCGCAUUCUCAACCACCUUCUAAACCACAGUCUCAACCACUGCUCUUUAAAGAUUCAAAUGUGGGCAAAUCCAAAUACUAUGGUUUAGUUUAUGUAGUAGUUUAA